UGUAACCGUAUCGUACGAAUGCUAAGCACUUUAUUUAUUUUGAAUCGUGCUACUUUUUCAAAUUGUAAUUAUGUCUUCUAAUCCAGCCGGCGAAUGGUGUUUAAUUGAAAGCGAUCCGGGUGUUUUUACAGAGCUAAUAAAAGGAUUUGGUGUAAAAGGUGUGCAAGUAGAAGAACUUUACAGCUUAGAUGCAGAAAGUUUUGAAAAGAUAAAACCAGUCCAUGGUUUAAUUUUUUUGUUUAAAUGGUUCCAAGGUGAUGAACCUUCAGGAACUAUUGUCCAAGAUAGUCGCUUGGAGAAAAUAUUCUUUGCAAAACAGGUCAUCAAUAAUGCUUGUGCAACCCAAGCUAUUCUUAGUGUUCUUUUGAACUGUGCACAUGCUGAUGUUCAGUUGGGAGAAACCCUUUCUUCGUUUAAAGAUUUCUGUCAGACUUUUGAUGCAACUAUGAAAGGUCUUACACUAAGCAAUUCUGAUGUCAUUAGAGAAGUGCAUAACAGUUUUGCUCGACAACAAAUGUUUGAAUUUGAAGCUAAGCCACCAACCAAAGAUGAAGAUGUUUAUCAUUUUAUUGGCUAUGUACCCAUCGAAAACCGAUUAUAUGAGUUAGAUGGCUUAAAAGAUGGACCUAUUGAUUUAGGUCCUAUUCCUCCUAAUGGUGAUUGGAUAGAUACUGUAAGACCAGUGAUUGAAAAAAGAAUUCAGAAGUAUAACGAAGGUGAAAUCCAUUUCAAUUUGAUGGCAAUUAUUUCUGAUCGUAAAAUGAUUUAUCAGAGAAGAUUAGACGAAUUGACAAGUCAACUUAAUGCUGGUGGAAUGGAAGUUGAUGACACACAGUCAGAGAUUAGUAAACUCCAUAUGUUGUUAUCAGAAGAAGAACAAAAACAAAAGCAAUACAAAAUUGAAAACAUUCGUAGGAAACAUAACUAUCUUCCACUGAUUAUGGAGUUGUUGAAAAUACUUGCUGAAGAAGGGAGAUUGGUUCCUCUAAUUCAACAAGCAAAGCAAAAAGUUGACGAAAGGAAACGUAAAGAAAAUGAGAAGAAAGUAAAACAAGAAAAUAAAUAGUUUAAGUAGUUUUUUUUUUAA